GGAAUAAUUAACAGCAUGGGACGCCUCGCAUUUCCCAUUAGGCUCUGCUCGCCCGCUUCCUGCACUCUCAAGCCAGCGAGAUGGAGAAAACUCCUCCUUCCUCCUCGCGAAGGCGCGCGCCCCACGCCUCUCAUUACCACAAAACGCGCCGACACCCUCCCAAGGGCAGGGAGCGAGGCCCCUCCCCGCUGCGGGGGCGGGACGGGAAGCGCCGAGCCGGGAGGGAGUAUGGCUGGGGGAGCGCUGCUGGCGCCCGUCUCCCUGCUCGUGGUGGCGCAGCUCGUUUGGGCACCGGACCCGUAUGGAGAAGAGUGCAGGAGUAAAACAUACCCUCCCUCAGGACCAACGUUCAAAGGGAAUGUACCCACAUAUGUCAUAAAUCUUGAUUUACCUCCAAGCAAAAGAUGGGAUAACUUGAUGCACGACAAAAAGACAGAGCUGAAGGCUGUGGUCCAGAAUAUCAAGGAUAUAGCAAAUACAUUCUUUCCCAGUGGCAAAAUUGUUGACAUAGUGGAUAACAAAAUAGCUCAUCUGACUGCAACACUUCCUUAUCCUUUCAAUGAAGAACUCCAAGGAAUUGCAAAUGCGUCUGGGAUUCCUUUGGGGGAAAUUGUUAUUUUUAACAUCUUCUAUGAAAUUUUUACUGUAUGUACAUCAAUAGUGGCAGAAGAUAAAACAGGGAAGCUGUAUCAUGCCAGAAACUUGGAUUUUGGACUCUUUCUUGGGUGGGAUGUUAAAAAUAAUUCAUGGACUGUAACUCAGGAGCUGAAGCCUAUAGUAGUAAACUUGGACUUCCAGAGAAACAACAAAACAGUAUUCAGGUCUACCAAUUUCGCAGGAUACAUAGGCAUGGUGUCUGGAGUCAAACCAGACUUGUUCACUCUGACAAUGAAUGAGCGUUUCAGUCUUGAUGGUGGUUAUAUUGGAAUCUUCGAAUGGUUUCUUGGUAGAAGAGAUGGUAUGUGGAUGGGCUUUCUUACAAGAUCAGUAUUAGAGAAUGCUACAAGUUACCAGGAUGCAAAAGACAAACUGGCAAAAACAAGACUGCUGGCCCCAGCUUACUUUAUCUUGGGUGGAAAAAAUUCUGGAGAAGGGUGUGUGAUAACUCGUUCCAGGACAGCUGCUCUGGAUAUCUGGGACCUUGAUAUCAAGAAAGGCACGUGGUAUGUGUUAGAAACAAACUACGAUCGCUGGAAACCUCCGCUAAUCUUGGAUAAUCGUAGAACACCUGCAAUGAAAUGCCUGAACCAGACAAUGCAAGAGAACCUCUCCUUGCCAGCAAUUUAUGAUGUUCUCUCCACAAAGCCUGUCCUCAAUAAGCUGACUGUAUGCACAACACUGAUGGAGGUGGAUAAGGGUCAUCUAGAGACUUACCUGCGGGAAUGUCCAAAUCCCUGUAGUCCUUGGUAGUCCUGUACUUUUCCUGUGUUGGAGGCUGCUUAUCUGAAAUGGAGGCCUUCCAAGAAGAAAACACUUAUGGAAAAAAUUCCUCAGCCCAACACCUUUCUUCAGAAAUGUAAUGGCUAUAUAUAAACGUCAAUGAGCUUCUAACAAUGGAGGACCCUAUCUUACGUUGGACUUUCUUUCUAAUCAGCAGUUCUGCUGACAAGAAAUGUAUACUAAUGUACGUCUGGCUUGAUUUCAGCCGUUUCUACCAAACGAGAUCAGCAGUUACCUUUAGAUCUCUAGAUGAUGUGGAGUUUCAGUCUUGACAGUAUUUUUGGUUUGUUGUUGGUUUGUGGGUUUGUUAUUUUUUGUUGUUUUAGUUGGGGUUUUUUUUAGGUUAAAAUGCUUGUAAAGCACAAGAGUUAAAACGGCACCUACCAAGCAUGAAAAAGAAUUGAGCAUUAGAAGACCAUCUGUGCAAGUACAGUUGCGUUAUUCUUUCCUAAGCACUUAAGAUGGAUCACUAGCGUUCUGCUCUGAUUCGAGGAUAUGUCUUAGAUACCCCAUUAUAAAACAACCUACCGAGUAUCGUGUCUAGUCACAGAAACAACAUCUUAAGGAAAUAUCAAAAAUGAGAUCUAAGCUGAAAGAUGUCUUUUCACUGAUUGAUAGAUCUUUUGCUGAUGCUCUCUCUUGGACCUGUUAACAGAUUUAUUUUUUUUUAAUACACAUUUUUCUGUUGUCUCAAAAAAAUAAAUACUAAUACAAUAAAUAUUCUUGAACUUC